AUGUUCUGGUGGCUCAUCGACUUUGCUCGGCACCCAUCAGGCAAGUGGCGCUUCAAACGGAUUGAUGAGGUGGCUACGGACUUUGACCUUUUGGUGGUGGACCCUGAAGGCAAGACUGUGGUUCUCUCCCGCCUCCAGCUGGACAAAUGUGAACAGAAUCUUGGCGUUCAGAUGUCUCCCAAAUUGAACCCAAAGGCACAACAUGACGUCUUGGUCGCUUCGGCCAAGUCGUGGGCAAACCAGAUUGCCUCUGGUCACCUUCUUCCUUAUGAUGUCUUUCCGCUCCUCAAGACCACAAUCCUGAAGACCCUGGGGUACCCAAUGGCACUGACUCGUCUGUCAACGGCGCAAUGGGGAAAAGAUCUUUGCCCCCGUUCUGUGGGUUUCCCUUCCCAAGGCCAAGGUCUGUCACAACUUUCCUUGGGUCCUGGUGUAUGGUCCCAUGGCGUACCAGGGCCUUUGUAUCAGUCAUCCUGCGGGUCUCCAAUUGACCAGCCAACUGGAGAUGCUGCUUUGUCACCCGGUUAA